UCCUGCAGACAAGCUUCUCAUUCCCCUCCCACCCCAACCAACAGGCACAGCCCCCUGCAGCAAUGGAUCUCAGCCUUCGCACAACUCUCUCCCAAUUCACAAAAUCAAGGUAUCUCCAUUCUCACCCCCAAAUCCAUACCUAGACCCAGUGUCACUGCCGUAUCAAAAGUGCUCUUCGAUUCUUUGAAAGAAGCACUGGGAGGGGCUGGUCUAGACUCUACAUACAAUUUUGGCAUUCACAGCUUCAUUCACAACCUUCUACUCGCUGGUCAAUACUGCCCUCUGACUUUGUUCACCAACACCAAUACUGAACAUUUGCAUCGUGAAGGACAUUUGUUGAAAAGGUCCAAGAUCAAUAUCAAUGGAGUUUCAUACCAUUUACUCAACCUUUCGCAAUUCGACAAUGAACUUGACAUGGACCAGCUCUCAUGGCAAGAAGCCUAUCAGCGUUAUCUCACAUGGAUCAAAGACAUUGGUGACACCAACUCUCUUGAAUGCUGGACUAACCACUUCACUACACUCUCCAAAGAUGAGGCAGUUCGGAAGAACUUUCAUGCCAUCAUUGAGUUUGACAUGGAAACAUGCCAGAAUUACACUCUUCGG